CCUAUUGUUGCAUAGACAAGCCACCACCGACUUACAGAAAGGGCAAUCUUGAAAAGGUGGAAGUGUUCCAUACCCCGUUGUCCUGUGUUCAUCCUCAAAUCCUUGGUCAACACGAAGAUUUUCUUGCUUCCAAUCAAUAUCAUCAAUGUAGAUCCACAGAUUCAUUCAAACUCCCAACAGCAACUUGAAAUUUUAGAAGAAGAAGAACCCCCCAAGAACAUACAAACGCAUAAAACACCUACCCGAUCAUCUUCUGUUAACGUAGAUUCAAAUCAUAUAGACCGCCAUGAUCAAUCACUCAAAACACCGUAGAUAUUUACCAAAGCGCAUAAUCCUUGUUCGCCACGGCGAGAGCCAAGGCAAUUUGGACAAGGAGGCUUACGCCACCACGCCGGACAACAAAAUCCCACUAACCCAAGUGGGCAUUUCUCAGGCGAAGCUCGCCGGAACCAAGAUUCGGCUAGUGAUCUCCGACGACGGCCAUUCCGACAACUGGAAAGCCUAUUUCUACGUGUCGCCGUACGAGAGGACACGAUCGACAUUGAGAGAGAUCGGAAGGGCGUUCUCGAAGAACAGAGUGAUUGGGGUGAGAGAGGAGUGUAGAGUUAGGGAACAGGAUUUUGGGAAUUUUCAAGUGGCAGAGAGAAUGAAGAUGAUUAAAGAAACCAGAGAGAGGUUUGGGAGGUUCUUUUAUAGGUUCCCGGAGGGAGAAUCCGCUGCAGAUGUGUUCGAUCGGGUUUCGAGUUUUCUUGAAUCACUAUGGAGGGACAUAGACAUGAACAGGCUUCACCAGGACCCUUCGGAUGACCUAAAUCUUGUAAUCAUAUCCCAUGGGCUGGCUAUUCGUGUCUUUCUCAUGAGGUGGUUCAAGUGGACGGUGGAGCAAUUUGAGUACCUUAACAAUCUAGGGAACUGUGAGUUUAGAGUGCUGCAGCUAGGAUUUGGUGGUGAUUACAGCUUGGCAGUCCAUCACACCGAAGAAGAGAUGCAAGAAUGGGGGUUAUCUCCAGAAAUGAUAGCCGAACAAAAAUGGCGUGCUCAUGCCACUAAGGGUGAUUGGUAUGAGAACUGUCCCUGGUAUCUCGAUACUUUCUUUGAUCAUCUUGCGGACUCUGAUGAGAAUGCUGAAGAAGAAAAUAAAACAAAGUGUUCGAUGAUUCUUUAAAGUAGGUGGAGUGGCUGCCCAGGAUUUGGGUGGCCAAAAUCUUUUAUAAUUUCCUGUUAAUUAAUGAGGAUUAGAAAUGGAAAUCUCUGGCAUGAUUUGGUGCUUGGAUCAUUGCAACAUAGAUCAAAUGUUUGUCUUUGGAGCUACUAAGGCUGGAAACUUGGCUAGUUUGAAAAGACUGUUGCCUGUAUCUGAGGCUCUUCGUACUCACAAAUUGACUGAGAACGAAGGCUGUGAUUUUUUUUUAUUUUUUUUAAUUCAUUGAACUGAACUGACAUAGAUGAUGAACAUGUUAAUCCUCGAGUUCGAGCUCCUCCUUGCGAGUUCUACUUUAUGUGCUUGUGUGUGUAGGGAAGUCAAUCAAAGUCAUCUUAUAUAAAUGUCGUUUUGUGUUUAAUAUUUGUCGACACUAACUUGACUUGUUUAUCUUAUCGCAUCUACAAUAAUCUCACUUAUUAACC